UUACAAGUACAGUACUUCGAACUUCACCUAAAAAAAACCCCCCAAAAAUCGAUUCUAGAUUUUCAACAUUAGAUCGAUCAGGCUUUGAGCAACACAGAUUCAUGUUUGGCUUAUCAAUAGUCCACGCUUAAUCUAUAACUUAAGCAUUUGUUUUUAACAAUCAAAAGUCCGAAGUUUAAAGAUUGGCAUCUUUAAGUGCCCAGCGUUCACAAAAAUACUACAUUCAAUAUCAGAUGUUGAGUGUUCUGUUGGGUCGAUGUGAAAUUCAGCAAGACGAAAUACAUUUAAAGACCGACGACGUUUUUACUCAGAACAAAGCACAUUUUGUAAUUAUGUUUGAUUGAAUUCAUGAAUAGUGUAAUUAUAUGGAAUGUAUAUGGUUCAAGUUGAGCCAAAACGGAUCAGGAAGCAAUGAAACUAAAGAAAGCAGAGCUCAACAAAGUGAAAACAAGAUCAAAUUGGUAACAUGGAAUAUUGAUGGUCUUGAUGAAGAAGACCUGUUGCAACGAAUUACAGAAGUUUGUAGUACUAUAAAGAGACUUCAACCAGAUAUUGUGUUUCUCCAGGAGGUUAUUUUUGAUAUAGCACCGCUCAUUGUCGCACGAUGUCCAGGCUACAAACUGUUUCCGACAAGAGAUGAACAGUAUUUUACUGCAAUGAUGUUGAAAACGAGCACAGUCACAAUUCAGUCGAAUAUUAUUAUGCCAUUUGAGAAUACAACAAUGGGAAGAAGGCUUCACAAAGUUAAGGUCAAGUGUGCUGGACUUAAUCUUCUUCUCAUGAACUCUCACCUGGAGAGCAUGAAAGAGAAAACUGUACAACGGAAGCAACAGUUCCAGAUUGCGCUAGAAGAAAUGGCCAGUGCUAGUGAUGACACCGUUGUUUUGUUUGGAGGGGACACUAACCUACGAGACCGUGAGGUAAGUGAGAUGGGAGACAAGAUACCUGGAGGCAUCUUUGACUUGUGGGAAUUGUUUGGUUGUCCAGAAGAUGCUAAGUAUACAUGGGAUACUGAACGAAACGACAAUAAGGAGUUGCCGUUUCCUAACAAACCAAGGCUACGUUUUGACAGGCUGUACCUAAGGCAAGCUAAGACAGCCCCUAAAGUUUCUCUCCAAUCAUUCAAACUCAUCGGUGAAGAGCGGAUUGCAGCAGUUGAUUGCUUUCCAAGCGAUCAUUUCGGGAUUUUCUGCGAGUUCAAAGUCAAUUAGUAGGCCUAUUUAUUAGUGCCAUUAGAAAGGGUUACAGUGUUAUUCACUUCCCCCUGCUAAUCUAAGUUGGCCUAAUACUGUACUUCUUUUGUAUGACUUUUUUUUGAAGAACUUCAUGAAGUAAUAUUUUGAAAUGUAAACAAAUACUUAGACAUUACAGUAGAUUUUCCUAAACUGACAGCAAAGUGCCUAGGUCACUUUCAAUCAGGGAGCCCGAAAGAACAACCACAAUUGAAAUAAAAAUGUUUAUGUAUUCUUACAAAUUAAUAUUAGUAGACUCCAAAAUCGAUUAAAUAAGCCUUUGAAACCCCUAAAUUAUCAUAUUUUUCGGGGGCCUUGCCCUCAUGGAACACUUUUGAGAGAUUUUGAGCGAUGCCCGACCACGCCCACUUUUUUUCAUCAGGGACAUCGACUGCUUUCAAUUGGAUAUGUACUGUGGUUGUAACCAGUGUCGGUGGAUUGGCCUGUCGUUCAAUCGAUCGCGGACCGAUGCGCCUUUAGGAUAUAGCGCCUUUUUUUAGAAGGGGAAAAUGAGAAUUAAUUAGUAUUGAGAUAAUUAUCACUGAACACAAACACACAUUCAUAUAUUAUAAGCAUCUGAAGUGCUCAAAAAUUGUAUUGAAAAGUCUCCAAUAUUUUGAAACCUCAGCGCUCCCCACAUCCCUAUUGCUCCUGUUUAGUUACUGGAUUUUUUCUAGAAAUGACAAUUAGCAAGAUAUGCCAAACAAUUAUUUACUGCAUGAUACAUUACUAUGUAUAUAAGCAAUUCGAUGUUUUUAAUUGAUUAAAUUAUAAAACCAUAAAUAAGUAUGUGUAAUUUAGUAUAAUGUUCAAAUAUCAUUUUUAGUUUUGUCAUUUGUAUAAUUUUGUAAUGAUGCAACUGUUGUUUGUGAUUAAAAGGAAUAUUGAUAAAA